CUUGUAAAUAUGUCUACCGAGGAGGAACAUCCGGGGAUAAGCGAUGCGCCACAGCAAGAUCAGCUAACAGCGACGCCCGCCCCCAGCAAAGAAGCUUCGGACACAAAACCUGCCAUUGAAGUGGAAGCGGAGAAUGAACACAAGUCUGACACAUCCAACGUGGAACAACGGUCCGAGCAGGACGGUAAACCGGCACAAACAAAACCAGAAGCAUUACCCGCAACUUCAGACAACUCCACUGUAAAAGAGGAAUCCAAAACAGAAGAUGUACUUUUAGCCGAUAGUAGCAGCGGCACGUCCGAGUACGUGAAAACAGAUCCCUUGCUGCAAGCGAAACAAACAGAUUCUAGUCCCCAGCAGAAGCAGCCACAUGUGGCAACGGAUCCAUCAACGGAUACAGUUCCUACAGUGGAAAAGUUGCCGACUCCUGUUGCAGCGGGUCGCGCUGACGAGGACGAUGAUGAGGAGGACGAAGAUGACGAAGAUCCGGGUGAUAAUGAGGACCAAGAGGAGAGACAACAACAAUCGCAUCAACAGCCGCAACAGCAACAACCACAACAGCGCGUGAACAAAGAGCGAAGUGAUGGGGGAGAUAGUUACAGCAAUGAGGAAGAUCCGAACCAGAAUGCAGCGAACCAGCGGCAGGAUCAAUCUCAAACCCCUACCGGUGGUCAGUAUUACGAGGAUGACGAAGAGGACGAAGAGGACGAGGGUGAGGAACCGUCCGAGUUGCGGCAGCUGUUCGAACCGAUCAAUGAUUCUCAGGCGCUGAGCGAAGACGAGGAAGAUGGAGAUUACAUACCGGACGAGGAGGUAAAGAAGACGAUCAUGGUGGGGAGCGACUUUCAGGCCGUCAUACCGGAGGGUUUGUGUAGGUACGAUGAUGCGCUACCGUACGAGAACGAGGACAAACUGCUCUGGAACCCGACGAUACUGAACGAGCAAGAGAUUGAGGAGUAUCUGGUGAAAAUAACUGGCCCUGCGGGAGGUUUAGGAAGUGGGGGAAGUGCUGCCACCGGUGGUGGUGGUGGUGGACAGCCAAGAGGAACAGCAGCCGGUUCUACCGGUACCGCUACAAGCGAUCCCCAGUCGAACAGUGUGUACGCGAUACCGCUCGGGAAUCAUCUGCGAGACGAUGAACAAUCGCUCUAUCUACUCCAACAGUGCGGGCACAACAUUGAUGAAGCGUUACGCCGGAAGCGUAUCAGCAACAAUGCCGUACCAGUGCCCGAACAGCAAAUGAGCAUAUGGUCGGAGGAAGAGUGUCGAAACUUUGAGAAUGGAUUGCGUGUGCACGGGAAGGACUUUCACCUGAUCCAACAGACGAAGGUUCGCACUCGUUCCGUUGGUGAGCUGGUACAGUUUUACUAUCUGUGGAAGAAAACCGAGCGGCACGAUCUGUUCGCCAGCAAGGCACGGUUGGAGAAGAAAAAGUACAACCUGCAUCCCGGCCUGACCGACCAUAUGGAUCGGUUUCUAGAGGAGCAGGAAAACAGUACCGGGUUCGGUGAUCGCAGCUCGUCACCGGGCUUCAACAGUCUGUACAGCAAUGCUUCGGAAGCGAAGCGACAGCGGCUGCUCGACUCGAAAGAGAACAACACAACUGCCUCCAACAAACGGUCCGCCUCGAAUCUGUGACUCGUGGUUAGGCGGAAGGGAUUGAAGUUGCGGCUGAAGGAGCGCAAAUAAGCGUUGUGGGGAGGGAUGGCAGAGAGGGGGGUAGGG